AUGUCAGCUUCGACUAAUAAACAACCAAUAUCAACCUCAAUACGAGUAUAUCCGUUACGGUUAACACCUAAUAAGGAUGUUCUAACAAGUAUACGAACAUUGAUGAAUGAAGCUAAUCUUCGAUCGGUGUUUAUAAUGACGUGUGUGGGAAGUGUAAAAGCAAUUCUUUUACGAUUGGCAAAUACAACGGAUACAAUAGAAUUGAAAACACCACAUGAAAUUGUUAGUUUAGUUGGAACAAUUGAUAGUGAUGGUCAACAUAUACAUGGAUCAUUUUCAGAUGGAAAAGGAAAUGUUGUAGGUGGUCAUGUUUUAGAUGGUAAUCCAAUGACUGUGUAUACUACUGUUGAAAUUAUGUUGGCAGAGUGUGAGGAUAUACAUGUUAAAAUGACAUCCACAGCAAAUGUUCCUACACCCACUAACGAUCCUGGAUCGUUUUCUUCACUUCGUUCAACAAAUGAUCGUGACACACCUAGUCAACAUUUCGAAUUUGAUUCUACACCACCAAUUCAUUCAACUCAUCGUCAGAUGUUAAAUCAUUCUCAAAAUACACAAUUAUCAUCAUCAGCAUCAUCUCCAAGUGUUAUGCGUAAUCCUUCACCACCACCUGUCGAUAAUCUUAGUCGAGCAGAUAUGGUUGGUGAUGAAAUGUAUUCAAAAUCAUGGUUUUGUCAAGUCUUACUAAAAUUAAUACAAUUUGUUGCUCCUGAACAACUCCAUGAUGAAAAUUUUACGCGAAUUCGUCAACAAGGUGAUGAUUUUUUAUCAACAAAUUCUAAUAAGAAACAAGAAUUAGAUGAAACAUUUGAAUCAGAAUUAUGUGAAUUAUGGGAUGUUAGCAUGAGUGCUGAUGUUGCACAUUUAUUAAUUGAAUUUAAUUCACUUGAUUUAUUUAAUGUUGUUCUUGUUGAAUGUAAAGACAAGCGUUGUACUGAAAUUGUACUUGGUAUUUUAUCAAAUAUGGCAUGUUGUAAACGAAAUCUUUCAGAAGACAAUCAAACAAAAAGUGUUGCUCUAUGUAUAAGUCAACAUUCAAAUCUUUUUUCAACAAUCUUAUCUAUAUUAACAAGUGAUGAUUAUUCAGAUUGUCCAACACUUGUACAAUUAUUUCGUUUAAUUUAUACAUUAUUUGUUCGACAAGAUACACGUGUAUUUAUGUUAGAACACGUACAAUUAACAUAUGAACCCUUAUGUUUCAUAUUACAAUCAUGUUAUAAUAAAGAAUUACUUGAGCAAUGUAGUUGUUUAUUACGUGUAUUAUUUGAUGAAUGUAAUUUAUUUGAAACUAAUGAACAAAAUGAAGUUGCUUAUCUAAUUUUAACAUCAAUAACAACAGCUAUAAAUGCAUUAAUUGAAAAUGAUUCAUUAACAAUAAAUAAUAUCUUAGAAAAUUUAUUUAAUUGUUUACAAAUUUAUACAACAUGUGAACAUUUUAUUACAAUGUUAAAUGAACAUUGUCAAAUAAUAAUGAGACUUAUUGAAAAUGUUCUUAAACUUUUAGUACAUGAUGAUAUCGUACAAAUACAUAGUGUUUUAUUAUUAUCAUGUAUAUCUAUAUGUAAUUUUUUUAUUUAUAAACAUGGAUUAAAAAUUCUUAAUAAACAAUUAUUACAAUAUUUUCUUAUUAUUGGACAUACAUGUUAUAAAGAUAAGCAAAGACGUGAUCAUCAAAAACAUAUAACACGUAGACAACGAUCGAGAACACAUUCUCAUUCAUUGAAUAAAAGAAAAGAUACAGAUGAAUCAAAUACAAAUGGAAAAACAGCUGAUGAUGAUCAAUUAUCAAAAAGUCAUAAUCAAUUAAUGCAUGUCGAUGGCGAAGAUGAAACAAAAGUUGAUUAUGAACGAACAACUAGCGAAGAUUUAUCAACUACAUCUUAUACACUUGUUGAUGAACUUUUUCUUGAACUAUUUUAUCGUGGUAUUAAACAAGAUUCAUUACAAACAGAAGACAAUGAACCAUCAUUAUUUGCACAAUUACAUCAAGAUCAACGAGAACUUUUUCGAAAAAUUAUUAAACAUUUUUGUAAUUUAGAUAAACGAUUAGAUGACAUGCUUAAUUUGUGA